GUGACUUCGACAGCUCCGUAAAACUUAAACACACACGGUCACAGUGAAGAGUCGCAGCCGGCAAAGUCAGCAGCAUUUCUGUUACAUAACGGUUUUCCGGGGAUAUCAGUUUUACCUAAAGAGAUUGGUAAACAACGGACACAUGCUGUUUUAAUUAACGUAACUCUAUCCUCAUAAUGAUAAGUAAAACAGAUGCAGCUUCGGGCUCCUGACAACUUCGGUGAUAGCUAACUUAGCUUAAAGCAAAAACAAACCAAAGUUAGCGUCACGGUAGGUGUUUGUUAAAGUUAGUUGGGUUUUCUUUGUCCGUUAUUCUUUUGUGAUUCAGUACCAGCUAACUGGCCCGACAACGCUGACAUUAACAUAUCACGUUAACUUAGCAUUAACGCCACUUAAAGUAACAAGCUCCGAGGUGUGUAACGUGGUUCACAUUGAUACAGAGUCGACUUUCGCUGAAUUUGAAACAAAAAGAUUUGUACUUGAACGGAAGCAAACACUGGACGUUAACUCAACCUUAUCUAUAUCAAGGACCUGAAUGGCCUCCGUUGUUGCAGUGAAAACUGAGAAGCGACCUGCAGCUGAUUCUCAGGAUGCAGACUCAAAUGCAAAAAAGCCCAGGAAACUGCUGCCCAGCCUGAAGACCAAGCGAGCCCCCGAGCUUGUCCUGGUGAUUGGCACAGGGGUAAGCUCCGCAGUGGCCCCUCAGGUCCCUGCACUGCGCUCCUGGAAAGGCCUUAUCCAGGCCUUGCUUGAUGCAGCCAAUGACUUUGAUCUACUAGAGGAGGAGGAGAGUCGGCGUUUCCAGAAGCACAUGCAGGAAGAUAAGAAUUUGGUGCAUGUGGCCCAUGACCUCAUUCAGAAACUUUCCCCGAGAACGGGAAAUGUGAGGUCUACAUUCUUCAAGGACUGUCUAUACGAGGUGUUUGAUGAUUUGGAGUGUAAGAUGGAGCAUGCGGGGAAACACCUACUGCGCUCAGUGCUGCAGCUGAUGGAGAGCGGAGCACUGGUGCUCACCACUAACUUUGAUAACCUUUUGGAGAUCUACGCAGCUCACCAGGGCACCAAGCUCGAGUCUUUGGACCUGACAGAUGAGAAGAAGGUUUUGGAGUGGGCUCAGGAGAAACGGAGGUUAAGUGUUCUGCAUAUCCAUGGUGUUUACACCAACCCCAGUGGUAUCGUACUGCACCCUGCAGGCUACCAGAAUGUUCUGAGGAACACUGAAGUUAUGCGUGAGAUCCAGAAGCUCUACGAGACCAAAUCCUUCGUGUUUCUCGGCUGCGGGCGCACGGUAGACGACACAACCUUCCAGGCUCUGUUCUUGGAGGCAGUUAAACACAAGUCUGACUUGGAACACUUUAUGCUCGUGCGGCGAGAGGAUGUGGGGGAGUUCAAGAAGCUGCGCGACAACAUGCUGGACAAGGGCAUCAAGGUCAUCUCCUAUGGAGACGAGUAUGCCGACCUGCCGGAGUACUUUGAGAGGCUGGCCAAUGAGAUCUGCAACCGCGACGUGUCUACCAACGGCUGGGGAUCUCCUUCACAAAAUGGGGAGGAACAGCAGAACGGCUUCAACACACAGAAAAGCCUCCUUCAAGACCAUCAUUCUUGACAGGCGCACACAGUCGGGAUCAGUAUCAGUCAUUUUCCUUCACAGCUCCGUCGAGAGAUCACUCUGAGUAGUACUCGAGUCUGAUUUUACCAAUGGAUUUAGGAAUCCAGGAAAAACUAUGGGCCAUGGGAGACCUAAAAGCCGUUCAGUGUUUCACAUGUUUAUGUGAUGUUCAUGUAUUAGUUCUUAUUUAAAAGGGAAGGGAGAAGUUUAAAAUGACCGUCAACGCCGAUACCCAGUGUCACAGUUCCACUGCAGUGUAAAUGAUACUCGACAUUUAGGAAGCUGCAGUAGAAGGAAGUUUUAAAUAUGCAAAAGAUGAAAUGGUUUGUUCUCAUUUCAACAUGACAGAAAUUCUAUAUCUGAGUCCACUGACAGAAGUUGAUUGUGUUGCAUUGAUUCAUUGUUUAGAUUUGGAUUAAAGUGAUGCAAACAAAUGCAUCACCUCUACCUACCUGCCCUGGAAGAGGCACCACAUGCUCUUCACUCAAAGCAAUCAUGUGCUCAUAUGUAAGGAUUGUAUCUGUGAUGCUCAACCCAGAAACCAGUAAAACCUGAUUUGCACACUACUGGAUGGGGAAUGGCUGGUAAAUUUCUCUCAGUGAUGGAUGGUUACUUGGUUUGCAAACACAUUGUUAUGAUGCUGUCGUCUAAAAUUCAGAAUGUUAUGUUUUCAUAGCAGAGAGGCUCCCAGCCAGUAGCAAUCACUUUGCCACUCCUGUGCUGAAAAUGUUCUUUGUAAGCCUUUUUUUGUAUUUUUAAUACUUGCAUGUGUUUUCUGACAUAGUAUUUAUAAGUACUAUUUUCAAAAUAAAGCUUUUGGUAUCCCA